CCGCCAUUUGCUACCGCCGAACGCACGGGCCGAGCCGAGCCGGAUCCGGGAGUCGGAGCGGGACUGGGGCCGGGAGGACGACGAUGGGGGGCGGCCCCGCCGCAGGAGGACCGGGGCGCAUAAGCCCCGGCGGCCGGCCGGCUCCGGACCCCGACCCGCGGGGCGCGGCACCCUGAACCCCCUCCCCGCCCCCUGCCCCUGCUCCUGCUCGGGCCAUGCCUGCCCACCCUGCCGUCCGCGGGCUGACGGCCCUCUCGGCCCCGCGAGCCCUGGUGCCCCGGCGGCGGCAGCAGUGAACAGCGCUUGCAGGCCGCGGAGACCCCGGCCCGGUCCUGCGCUCCCGCGCGCGCCCCCUUCCCGGCCUGCUCCUCUCCCCUCCCCCCGCCGCUCGGGAGCCCCCCUCGCUCGCCGCCCCCCGCCCCCCGGCGCCCGGACGAUGCUCAAGUCUCGGCUCCGCAUGUUCCUGAACGAGCUGAAGCUGCUGGUGCUGACGGGCGGGGGGCGGCCCCGGGCCGAGCCGCAGCCCCGGGGGGGCGGGGGAGGCGGCUGCGGCUGGGCGCCCUUCGCCGGCUGCUCCGCCCGGGACGGUGACGGCGACGAGGAGGAGUACUACGGGUCGGAGCCGCGGGCCCGGGGCCUGGCCGGCGACAAGGAACCGCGGGCCGGACCCCCGCCGCCGCCCGCGCCGCCGCCGCCGCCCCCAGGCGCGCUGGACGCCCUGUCGCUCAGCAGCAGCCUGGACAGUGGGCUCCGAACCCCCCAGUGCAGGAUCUGCUUCCAAGGCCCUGAGCAGGGGGAGCUCCUGAGCCCUUGCCGCUGUGACGGCUCAGUGCGUUGCACACACCAACCCUGCCUAAUCCGCUGGAUCAGUGAGAGGGGUUCCUGGAGCUGUGAACUUUGCUACUUCAAGUACCAGGUCCUGGCGAUCAGCACUAAGAAUCCACUACAGUGGCAGGCCAUCUCCCUGACCGUCAUCGAGAAGGUCCAGAUUGCUGCUAUCGUCCUGGGCUCACUCUUCCUCGUGGCCAGCAUCUCCUGGCUCAUCUGGUCCUCACUCAGCCCUUCAGCCAAGUGGCAGCGCCAGGAUCUGCUCUUCCAGAUCUGCUAUGGCAUGUACGGCUUCAUGGAUGUGGUCUGCAUAGGCCUCAUCGUCCAUGAAGGGUCUUCUGUUUAUCGCAUCUUCAAGCGCUGGCAGGCCGUGAACCAGCAGUGGAAGGUCCUGAACUAUGACAAGACCAAGGACGUGGGAGGAGACGCAGGGGGAGGGGCAGCAGGGAAGCCAGGCCCCAGGACCUCAAGGACCAGCCCCCCUACUGGGGCCCCCAGCCGGCCCCCAGCCGCCCAGCGCAUGCGGACGCUCUUACCUCAGCGCUGUGGUUAUACAAUCCUGCAUCUCCUUGGACAGCUAAGGCCACCAGAUGCUCGUCCCAGCUCUCAAUCUGGUCGAGAGGUUGUCAUGAGGGUCACCACAGUCUGACCUGGACUCCAGGAACAGGGAUCUUAAGUCAGUGCAUCAGCCAGAGGUGAGCUCUCCUGGCUGCUGGAGAUACAACCUAGACAAUGUGAUUGGGGCACAGUGACCCCACCACUGAGGAUCUCUGUGGACAGCCUCAAGCUUGGAGACAUUGUCUGGCCUCUACUGCCCACAGGGUAGAGACCCCCCGGAUGACAUUCCAGUUCCCACUGACACCGCCUCAUACUCAUCUUGAGGAUGGCCAGCAGGCAAGCGGGGAGAACGACUUUUCUUCCUGGAGAGAACCAUCUUUACCUCAGCUUUAGGGCCUCCAGUCCCCUGGCUCCACCGUGGUGACUUGGUAAAGGGAGACCAAUGCCAGAAAUAAGAUGGGUCUGUAGACCCCCAUUCCCCACCCCAUGGCCACAGGGCAUCUGGCAAUAAGACUAGUAAACGUUGACUCCCGUUCCCUGCAUGAGGGCGGGGGACUUCCCCCUGCCCCACCCCCCACUGCAUGGGGGAGGGGCAUAAAGAAUCAUUUAUAUGCA